CUUUAAAUACAGACUCUAGAAAGAUGGAGACAACCAGAAAGAUUUUGUCAUUUCAUAAGGAAGACAGAAGUUCUGAUCCCAAUAAUCCCCAAAGCAUCCUGCUUGACUUCAUAAGCAGUUGUCAAAAUUUACGUAUUUGGUCAUUGAAUUUAUCAACCAGAGAAUAUUUGAAUAAUGAGCAGCUUCAGAAAGGAAAGCAAAUAGAGGAAUGGAGGCAAGUAAGCAAAGAUCCUACCAUCCUAGGGGUGAGGAUCCUCUGUGGUAACCGCUCUGCCGUUAAAAACUUACUGCAGAGGAGCCGGACCCCCAUCCUACAGUGGAGUUACACAUAUAUGCAUGUUUGUAUUAGUUGGACACUCCAUAUCAGUGUUGCUAGGCAGAAUAUUAAUUGUUUCUUCUUCAUGUGAAUUCUGUGUAAAAGCAUUCUAGUUCUUUCAUAAGAGAAUGGUAUGGUUAAUGGUUGCUCGAGGACACACAUUUUAUUGUUUAUUAUUGCUUGCAUACAUAAAGCAUUG